AUGUCGAUAUUAUUCAGACCCGUCACAUACCUCGCCAUCGCAGUGGCCCUAGCGCCUCCCGCAUAUGGGUCAUUUCCCCCGACCCCAAACAACACCAUACCUGGGAAAUGGCGAGAGUCGAUUUUACGGACGUGGGAUUACACUCUUAUGCGAUCGGAGGUCUGGACUCCUGAAGCGACGCUUACAGGUUAUCAAAACUGGGCCUUGGAUCAGAUGAUGGACGGAAACGGAACCAUCAACGUGUGCAUGAGAUGGAACUCCAAUGAGACAGUCACCGAGACAGUGCGCCAGCAAAUCGAAAUCGUGUACAAAAAGCAAUAUGAAAAAUGGUUCAAGUGGUUGACCGGCUGGGACAACUACCCGUUUAACGAGUUCAAGUUCAAUGUUAUAGGUUGGGCAGUCCGGGAACGACACUUGAUUCAAGGCCCAGCCGACAACUUUGAAGUCUACACUGAUUUCAGAGACGAUGAAGGCCUUCCGACCUGUGACCCAGGAUGUUCUCGCCACGAACACCCGGAUGGCGACUACAGCGAUUGCCCUGGAGGUUACGAUCAGCGUUUCCACCAGUUUUUCUUCAUCAACAGUGCGUGGGAGAACUUUAACAUGGGCGCUGCCUCCGGAUAUGGCAUUGACAUUAGCCUCUUCGGGUGGAAAACAGUUGGUAGCAAAUUGGGAGAUUGGUCUAUCCUAAUUCAUGAAGUGGGUCACACGUUUGGUUUCCCAGACUACGUCACUGAUGGUACGAAGAACCACUCCUUGUGCGACAUUUUGUGGACACCUCCGAAUGCGCCCAACGAUUUUGUCAUGAUGCCUGGUGAUUCGGGGCGCACGUUCCUCAGGUUACCGAAUUUGAGGGCUGGAUGCUGCGCCACUGGUGGUCAAGGUUCUCCCGCGUGCGAGCCUGGCAGAACGACAACACAACCUUUCCGCCGCUGCCCACUUGUCAGUGGGAACAACCACAAUAGCAUCGUGUAA